AUGGAUAAACUAGUGCCAAUAGUAAACAAGCUGCAAAACGUGCUGUCUUCGUUCAUUAGCAGUGAGACGCUUAGCUUGCCGCACAUCGCGGUAGUGGGUGCUCAGUCAGUAGGGAAGACGUCCCUUUUGGAAUCGCUAGUUGGGUUAAGUUUUAUGCCAAAGGGUGAAGAUAUCGUAACGAGGACCCCCAUAAUUAUACAGUUAACGAAUUCAAAGUCGGAAGAAUGUUACUGCACGUUGACGUAUACCGACUAUGAAAAUAACCGAGUGGAAAAACAUGUAGACGAUUUUUCCAUUUUGAAUGAUAUGCUGAUAGAUGUGACGGAAGAAAUUACCGGAGGGAAUAAGUGCAUUAAGGAAACUCCAAUAAUUAUAGAAAUACACAAAAGUGACGUUUUAGAUUUAACCCUAAUAGAUUUGCCAGGGUUGACGAAGGUACCCGUAGGAAAUCAGCCACAAAAUGUGGAGGAGCAAAUUGUCAAUUUGGUAAAUAAAUAUAUAAAGAAUCCUAAUUGCAUUAUUUUAGCCGUUUCUUGUGCUAACAUAGAUUUAGCAAAUUCGGAUAGUUUGAAAAUGGCUAGAAGUGUGGACCCGAAACAUGAGAGGACCAUAGGAGUUAUCACAAAAUGUGACAUGGUAGAGAAGCCGGAAAUAUGGAAGAAGAUGAUUAGCGGUUCGUUGUAUCCAUUGAAAAAAGGGUUCGUGGCAGUUGUGUGUAGGAGUCAGAAGGAUGUGGAGGAUAACACCACCAUUGAAGAUUCAUUGAGGAAGGAGGAAGAAUAUUUCAAUCAAUGUUUAGAUCUUUCGAACCAAAUGGAAUGCAUUAUGGAAUGUGGAAUUAAGAAUUUAGCGAAAAAGUUAAAUAAUAUUCUUAUUGAACAUAUUAAAAAUACCGUCCCUUUUUUGAAGCCUAAAAUAGAUGCUUUGAAAAGCAUAGAGGAGGAGAAGUUACUAGAAUUAGGAGAACCCAUGGAUAAUAUGAACCGGUCCGAAUAUUUAGCAGUUUUGGUGAAUUAUAUUACGAAAUUUUCUCAGCAAUAUCAAGACAUAAUAGAUGGAAAAGUAUUUUAUAAGGACCGAGUGGAUGAGUUAAAAGGAGGAGCUAGAAUACAUUACAUUUUUAAUGACUGGUAUAUAAAAUCUUUAAAUGAUUUUUCCCCAUUAGAGUUGUUAACAGAUGAAGAGAUUCGAAUAGCUAUUCGUAAUUCUAGCGGCCCAAGAGGUGCCCUCUUCGUUCCAGAAAGCGCUUUCGAAACGUUGAUAAAGAAAUUAAUAAACUGCUUGAAGGAACCUUCUCUGCGUUGCGCAGAUCAGGUGUAUGAAGAACUCAUAAAAAUUGUGGACAAUUGUAGAAUAGCAGAUAUGGAAAGAUUUACCAAUUUGAAGAGUGCAAUAAAUGAGCAGGUUAAAAUAUUGUUAAAAGAUUGUCUACAACCAACAAAAGAAAUGAUAAAAAAUUUGAUGCUAAUUGAGCUGUCCUACAUUAAUACGAGUCACCCGGAUUUUUUGAAUGAACAGUUUAUGAGGAAUGUAUACGAUAAGGAUAAUGACUACCUGGAAGAGUUAGACCAUGCGGUGCACAUGCAUAGCAACAGCAAUAAGUUGCCUCACUUGAAGAGGGACUUCCCGGAUGGAUAUCCCCCAGCCAGCACCGGCAGCAACAACAAUUGCAUGAACAGUUCCACCGUUCUGCACCCGCAGCAGCAGACGCUGCGUCAUCAAUCACCACAUCACCACACACCGGUUCAGCAAUCGUCACACCAUCCGUCGUAUAAGGAAGACGCCAAGCUGUGGAAAGGAAAAGACGAUGUGCGGCCCUUCAAAAAUAAAGAAGGAACAAAAAUUAUGAACAUCCACAAUAGUAGGGAAAACGUCUUCGUUCUGCCAGUCAUUCCUGAAAAAAUAAUUCCAGAAUAUUCCUCCUCUUCCAAGGAAAUAAUAGAAAUCGACCUUAUCAAAUCUUUAAUUAACAACUACUUUAACAUUGUUCGAAAGCACAUAGCCGAUGCAGUUCCCAAAGCAAUUAUGCACUUUAUGGUUAAUACGUCGAGGAAGACCAUGCAGAAGGUGCUCAUUUCCAAUUUGCAUAAUAGCGAGCUUUUUAAUUUGUUUAACGAAUGUUCUUCCAUAAAGGUGAAACGGAACAACUGCAAGAAGAAUUUGGAGUCCCUAAACCAGGCGAUCAAGAUGUUGGCGGAGAUUAGGAAUCAGGAGCUUUAG